CAAGCAAUGACUCAGGCGCAGCUCAGCCAACGCUCAGAUCUCAGUUAAAACCUACCUGUCGAGAAUCAAACUUGUUCAGUCAACUUUUGUCAACGUUGGUGUCAAGAUGCAAUCCACUCUAAAGCUUAAACAUGCAGUUAUGCUGCUGAUCGCAUUGAAUUGCGUUCUACUUUGCACCGCUCAAGGCGGCUGGGGUGGCGAUUCUGGUGCACCUGGCGCCCCUGGCGGAGGUAACGGUGGUGGCGCACCUGGAGCUCCCGGUGCACCCGGUGGUGGAAGUGGUGCACCAGGAGCGCCUGGCGGUAAUCAUCAUGUUCAUUCGUACGCCUCCGCUGGCAGUGGAUUUGCACAGCUGCAAUGGCUGUUGGCUUUAAUGCCAUUCACGUUUAUUUUAAAAUAUGUUUAAGGAAAGUUUAUGUAUAAUCUGUACAAAAAAUGUUUAGUUGUUGUUAAUGAACCAAAAAUAUGUAUUUUUUCCAAUUAAUUAGAUAUGCAAUCAAUUAAAAAUAAUAAAAUUUCAUUUGAAUGUGUUUGUGUUAUAAUGAAUUUUAAUAACAUUUCUAGA